CUCGGCGCCCCGCCCAGGCCUCGCCCCUCGGCGCUCCCUGCCCCUCCCCCUCCCUGUCGCUCGCUUUCUGUCAGCCUCUCUCCCUCUCCCUCUUCCCCUCUCUCCUUCCUCUCUCGCACCUGAGCACACGCACCUGCCCAGGCCCGGCUCCCUCUUCCUUCUCCCCUCCUCCCCCUCCCUUUUUCCCCGCCCGGCCGGAAGGCUAGGGCCCCGGCUGCGGGAGCCUCGUGGCUGCGUCACCGCCGCCCCCCCAGACAAGAUGGACACCGCCGAGGAAGACAUAUGUAGAGUGUGUCGGUCGGAAGGAACACCUGAGAAACCUCUUUAUCAUCCUUGUGUAUGUACUGGCAGUAUUAAGUUUAUACAUCAAGAAUGCUUAGUUCAGUGGCUGAAACACAGUCGAAAAGAAUACUGUGAAUUAUGCAAGCACAGAUUUGCUUUCACACCAAUUUAUUCCCCAGAUAUGCCUUCACGGCUUCCGAUUCAAGACAUAUUUGCUGGCCUGGUUACAAGUAUUGGUACUGCAAUAAGAUAUUGGUUUCAUUAUACACUUGUGGCCUUUGCAUGGUUGGGAGUUGUUCCUCUUACAGCAUGCCGCAUCUACAAGUGCUUGUUUACUGGCUCCGUGAGCUCACUACUGACACUGCCGCUAGACAUGUUAUCCACGGAAAAUUUGUUGGCAGAUUGUUUGCAGGGUUGUUUCGUGGUUACAUGCACACUGUGUGCAUUCAUCAGCCUGGUGUGGUUGCGAGAGCAGAUAGUCCAUGGGGGAGCACCAAUUUGGUUGGAGCAUGCUGCUCCACCCUUCAAUGCUGCUGGGCACCACCAAAAUGAGGCUCCAGCAGGAGGAAAUGGUGCAGAUAACGCUGCUGCUGAUGAGCCUGCUAACCCACCAGCUGAGAAUGCAGUGGUCGGGGAGAACCCCGAUGCACAGGAUGAUCAGGCAGAAGAGGAGGAGGAGGACAAUGAGGAGGAAGAUGACGCUGGCGUGGAAGAUGCAGCAGACGCUAAUAAUGGAGCACAGGAUGACAUGAACUGGAAUGCGUUAGAAUGGGACCGAGCUGCAGAAGAGCUUACAUGGGAAAGAAUGUUAGGACUUGAUGGAUCACUAGUUUUUCUGGAACAUGUCUUCUGGGUGGUGUCUUUAAAUACACUGUUCAUUCUUGUUUUUGCAUUUUGCCCUUACCACCUCGGUCAUUUCUCCCUUGUUGGUUUGGGAUUUGAAGAACACGUCCAAGCAUCUCAUUUUGAAGGCCUAAUUACAACCAUAGUUGGGUAUAUACUUUUAGCAAUAACACUGAUAAUUUGUCAUGGCUUGGCAACUCUUGUUAAAUUUCAUAGGUCUCGUCGCUUACUGGGAGUCUGCUAUAUUGUUGUUAAGGUUUCUUUGUUAGUGGUAGUAGAAAUUGGAGUAUUCCCUCUCAUUUGUGGCUGGUGGCUGGAUAUCUGUUCACUGGAAAUGUUUGAUGCUACCCUGAAAGAUCGAGAACUGAGCUUUCAAUCGGCUCCAGGUACUACCAUGUUUCUUCAUUGGCUAGUGGGAAUGGUGUAUGUCUUCUACUUCGCUUCCUUCAUUCUGUUACUGAGAGAGGUACUUCGACCUGGUGUCUUAUGGUUUCUAAGGAAUUUGAAUGAUCCAGAUUUUAAUCCAGUUCAGGAAAUGAUCCACUUGCCUAUUUAUAGGCAUCUCCGAAGAUUUAUUUUAUCAGUGAUCGUCUUUGGCUCCAUUGUCCUCCUGAUGCUUUGGCUUCCUAUACGUAUUAUUAAGAGUCUGCUGCCUAAUUUUCUUCCUUAUAAUGUCAUGCUCUACAGGUUUGAAGAGGAUCAUUUGGCUGCUAUGAUGAGAAGAAACUGGGUUGGAGUGACCAGGUCAGAAAAUGAAAGCCAGCUAGGAGGACAGAGCCUUGAUCUUGGUGAGAGUGAUGCUCCAGUGAGCGAACUGUCCCUUGAGCUGCUUCUGCUGCAGGUUGUCUUGCCAGCGUUACUUGAGCAGGGACACACCAGGCAGUGGCUGAAGGGGCUGGUGCGAGCAUGGACUGUGACCGCUGGGUAUUUGCUGGAUCUUCAUUCCUAUUUAUUGGGAGAUCAGGAAGAAAAUGAGAACAGUGCAAAUCAACAAGUCAACAAUAACCAGCAUGCUCGAAAUAACAACGCUGUUCCUGUGGUGGGGGAAGGCCUGCAUGCAGCUCACCAAGCCAUACUCCAGCAGGGAGGGCCUGUUGGCUUUCAGCCUUACCGCCGGCCUUUAAAUUUUCCACUCAGGAUAUUUCUGUUGAUUGUCUUCAUGUGUAUAACAUUACUGAUUGCCAGUCUCAUCUGCCUUACUUUACCAGUAUUUGCUGGCCGUUGGUUAAUGUCAUUUUGGACAGGGACUGCCAAAAUCCAUGAGCUCUACACAGCUGCCUGUGGUCUCUAUGUUUGUUGGCUAACCAUAAGAGCUGUGACAGUGCUAGUGGCAUGGAUGCCCCAGGGACGCAGAGUGAUCUUCCAGAAGGUUAAAGAGUGGUCUCUCAUGAUAAUGAAGACUUUGAUAGUUGCAGUGCUGCUAGCUGGAGUUGUCCCUCUCCUCUUGGGGCUCCUGUUUGAGCUGGUUAUUGUUGCUCCUCUGAGGGUUCCCUUGGAUCAGACUCCUCUUUUUUAUCCAUGGCAGGACUGGGCACUUGGAGUCUUGCAUGCCAAGAUCAUAGCAGCUAUAACGCUGAUGGGUCCUCAGUGGUGGCUGAAAACUGUAAUUGAACAGGUGUAUGCAAAUGGUAUCCGGAACAUUGACCUUCACUAUAUCAUUCGUAAACUGGCAGCUCCAGUGAUCUCUGUGCUUUUGCUUUCACUGUGUGUACCAUAUGUUAUAGCAUCUGGCAUUGUUCCUUUACUAGGUGUUACUGCGGAAAUGCAAAACUUAGUCCAUCGACGGAUUUAUCCAUUUUUACUGAUGGUCGUGGUACUGAUGGCAAUCUUGUCCUUCCAGGUCCGCCAGUUUAAGCGCCUUUAUGAACAUAUUAAAAAUGACAAGUACCUUGUGGGCCAACGCCUCGUGAACUAUGAACGGAAAUCUGGCAAGCAAGGCACAUCUCCUCCACCUCCACAGUCGUCCCAAGAAUAAAGUGGUUGUCUCAACUUCUUGACCUUCCCCUUGCCUUUACGUGUCCUUUUUUGUGGACUUCUCUCUUUGGAGAUUUUCCCAGUGAUCUCUCAGCAUUGUUUUUAAGUUAAAUGUAUUUGACUUGUGUUCUCGGCAUUAAGAGCGCAGCGAUGUAAGGCUCUGCUACUCUUCCUUGCAUCUUCUGACAUCACUGCUGUCUGAGAUCUGUAAAUGUGUAAAUAGAAGUUCCUUGAUCCCCUAAAACCUUGGAUUAAACAGAAUGUGCAUUGUACAUCUUUAAACAAAAUGUAUAUUAAUUUAUUAAAUCUAGUUGUCACUUUAUUUUGGACCUGCUGUGAUCUCGACAGGAAACAUGCCACAGAGCAAUAGUGCACGGCAAGACUUUGCAGUGCUGUCUUGUGGAGCACAGUUGCUGGUAUUCUCACUGAGGGAACUGUACACUCUGUCUUGGCUAUUCAGACCUUACGAAGAACUCAAAAGGAAACCAGUAGAAAUCAGCAGUGGAGUGCCUGUGGUAAGAAAAGAUGAACUUUGUGCUUCACUGUCAGUCGUUUUUGGAAGUUCUUUUGUAUAACACCAAAGCUGUUGUACAUUUUCUACUGCCUGAUUUUUUUCAUGUGUCUGUGUUUGUAAUAUUGUAUAGUAUCUUGUGCUAGGUGAGGAGAUUACUUUUAAUUUUGAUAAUUUAAUAUUCUUAAGUGGUCAUCAUUGGGCGUUGGGCUUCUGUGCUUGUUAGGGGCAUGUCUACACUUAGAAAAAAAUGAGAAAGUCCAAAUGAAGGUUUUCCUUAGCCCCUCACCCUGCCACAGCUAUCUCUUUCUUUUUGGUAGCAGUGGCCAAAAGUCAUGCAGGGUUUAUAAAUCUUGAAGAAUAAUGUCACCAACCAUACUACAUCAUACCAGAUUUAGGACAUUUUGAGAUGCUUGUGAAGUGUGGCUGUGGUUGUGGUCUUUUACAGCAUUAGAAAAGACUGGUUAGAACAUCUAGUCUUGCUAGUUAGUGUAUCACUGGGUAAACAUUAGGGAGUACCUUUCUCCUAGUUUUUCAUCAGUAAAUCCCAAAGUUUCCAAAGUUUUUCGUUUACAGAAUAAAACUAACUUCAUUUUAUUUGCCCAGAAGGAAGCUGGCUUUGCUGGCCUUUUAACAUAGGAAUGUAUUUUAUUGGAAAUGUGCUGUAAAAUCUCAGAGAACUGAACACUUGCAAACUUGGGUUUCCCUUAUAACCAAAGCUUCACGUUAGAAGUUUGGAGAAAUAGAGUGGUUGGACACAUGAUCUGGAUAUUUAAUGGUAAUGGUAUGAUGUAAGGAUAGUGUUUGUUUUUGAAUGAUACUUUAGAAGUUCUCAUAGAAAGUGUAUAACAUAGUUCUUUAGAAGCUAUAAAAGAAUUUUCAUAUAGUAUUAAAAUUAAAAUCCUUAGAUUAAAAUCUGAGGAUUUUUAAAAUAUGAAAGUUGGCCAAAUAUAAGCUACCAAAAUCAAGAGCAACAUGUUCUGGUGGUUUUAUACGUCAACAUUUUUUUCCCUAAGUAGUAAGCAACUGCUUUAAAAUAUAUUUAAAAAAAAAUCAGUAUCCCCCCCCAAAAAAAAAUGCUUGACAAUAGGAUUCAGUAUUACACUAUUUGGCACUUUGUAGUAGCCCUUUCUCUCAUAUUUUAAGUAAGAUCUUUGCUAACCCUACCUCUACUUAGAAAUUUAGUCCUACUGUAAAAAAUUGGGAGCAUUUUAAAAUGUAAUGCCACCUGUCAUGGUGUGUUUCUAUAUACAUUGUUCUCUUUGGGAGAAGAAUAUUGAAUUGGACAUGGAAUUAAUUGUAUUAAUUUGGGUUCUUUUUAAUUUUUGAAAGUUUGUACAUGUUGAUAUAAAGUCAUUGGAACCAUCUGUUUUAAGAGAAAGAAAGAUCUAGGCAGAUACUACAAAAGGUUAAAAACUCUUAAUCUUGCAGAAUUUUAUGAAUUUUAUCAAAUGUUUUUAAGAAAACAAAUCCAAUAGGAAUGGCAAAAACAUUGCCCUCCAUUUCACUGGCAGAUAAUAUAUCUUGUCUUACUUAACAGUCCCAUGCCAGUGGAGAGGGUGUGUCAGGGACAUGUUCAUCCCUGACACCCCAACCCCCCACCCCCUGCACUGGCAUACAACUUUAAGAAUUCCCCUCUAGUUUUUCAAUUGUGCUUUGUCCAGUUGUUUUCAGUAAGAUAAAUGCUUUCAUAAGGAAAGCAUUUUCUGGCAAAAUAUUUGCUUGGGUAGCAUCCAAGUUUUAUUAUUAACCAAUAGUCUUUAAAAUAUUUAAAACUCAUAGUUCAGAAAGUGCUAGUAUUGCUGCACUUAAAAAAAAAAUCAUAACGUAGUUUUGUUUCAUUUUACAUUUGAGUAAAAUAAUCUUCAAGAAAGUUUGCUAGGAAAGAAGACCUUUUUACUUUAUUUUUACUAUUUAUAAAUUGAAGACAAAUCAGCAUUUGGGGUUAGUUUUACAUGACCAGUUAUCAAAUGGUCAUAGUAUGAAGUAUGCAGUUGUUCAUUAUUAGAAAAUUAUGUUUGAUUUUUAAACUAUUAAGUACUAAUAGUUGAGAUGAGGAUUGAAGAAAAAUGCCAAUGUGAAGUUUGUGUGUAGCUAGCCUUAAAAAAGCUCCAUUUCUUUAGGUGUUUUUUUUUUUUUUUUCCUGUUCUCCGGAGAAACAAUGGAGAUGGGACAUUUCAGUUCCAGAUCUAAACAAAAAUUAAUUUUUAUUUCAGCAUUUAAUAUACAUGUUAUUACUAUGGAUUCUUGUCUUGUGUUUUUUCUUUCCCUUAUUCAAGUAAUAGAGAAUAGUUUUCUUUCAGAUUAUUUGGUCUUAGAUAUGUCAUUUCUGUACUGGCAAAAUGCUAUUAAAGUGUAAUUCUUGAAUUUAGGUUUAAUCGAUGAUGACUUUUUAAAACAAAACAAAAAGGAACACUGGAGAUUUCUACAUUGUACUGCGUUUGCAUACAUGCAUGUAUGCACGCGUGCGCACAUACAGAAGGUGGUGCCAUUAUAAAAACACUGGCACUUUUUAAAACUUUGCAAAGUUACUUAUUUUCAUUUUCAGGAUUGAAUAUUUUAAGCUCUUUACUUACUGUGAAAAAUUUUUUACAUUGUAAAAUUAAAAGAUUAUGUUUAAAAUAUUCUUUUAGAAUGUUAAUUAUUCAGUCAUCAAAAGAAAACAGUACUAAAAUGUCUUACCACUAAAGUAUUAUUAAAAGCCUCAUUUGUGGAGAUGCUCUAACUUCGUUGGUUUAACUGUCUGAAUUUACCUAUUUAAUUUGCCCCCUCAAUCAGAUGUUUUCUUUUUGGCCUAUUACUACCCUGUGGCAUUUUUUUUUUAAACAGCCAUCAUUAGUAAGGGCUUCUUCUAAAUAAUCUCUGACAAUGUCUUUGGCAUUAAUAUAAUAUAAAGAUAAGACAGUAUAUGUGUUUUCAUUCCUGUCUAUUUUGUACGAGUGCCUCAUUUUGUAGUCAUGAAAGUAACAUAAUACCUUAAAUGAAAAUGUAAUGACUAAGGCCUAGGAAUAACUGUUGUAGAAACUAAAAAGAACACUUCGUUAUUUGGGAUGUCAGUUUUCUAUUAAACACCUUAGAUACCCAGACCUGUUUUAUGUGUAUAUAUUCUAAAGUGCUCCCUUUUUUAUGUGGUUGUUUAUUGCCUUUUAAGUUGAGAGAACAAAAUUGAAUAAAGUGAAUGUUAGUUGUAGCCUA